AUGUUGUUUAAAGAUUUAGGAUAAUAGAGUAUUAAUUAAAAUGAAAAUAGAUAAUUUCCAUAAAGCAUAAAAAUCUUUAAAAUAGGAUUCCCAAUUAAGAAGAGAUUUUUGAUUGGUAAAGAAUAUAUUUGCUAAUUUUAGUUUUGUCACCAAUUUACUAUUAAGAGAUAUUAAAUAAAAGGGAAACAUAGAACAACUUCAAGCAACCUAUAUGA